UGCGCCCGCGUCCCCGAGCCCGGCCCCGGCAUGCAGCUCCCCCGCGCGCUGGCCGCGCUGUGCGGCGCGCUGCUGCUCUGCGCCUCCGGCCUCUUCGCCGCCUCGGGUGACUUUUGUGACUCCAGCUUGUGCCUGAAUGGAGGGACCUGCUUGGUGGGCCAGGAAAGUGACUUCCACUGCCUCUGUCCCGAAGGCUUCACGGGUCUAGUUUGCAACGAGACGGAGAAAGGUCCCUGUUUCCCGAACCCCUGCUGGAAUGGUGCCGAAUGCCAGGUGAUUGAGGGCACACACCGAGGGGAUGUCUUCACUCAGUACUUCUGCCAGUGCCCUCAGGGCUUCUUCGGCGUUCACUGUGAGACUACGGGCAAGAAGAUCCAGCACAACACGAGGGGAGACCACCUGUCCUUCACAGCCAUCCCCACCCUGGUCCCCAUGUCUGCUCUUUCCAACAAGCAGGCCCAAACCUCUCAGUGCUCUACGAAGCUAGGCAUGGAGGGAGGCGCCAUUGCUGACUCUCAGAUCUCCGCCUCAUCCGUGUACAUUGGCUUCCUGGGUGUGCAGCGCUGGGGCCCAGAGCUGGCCCGCCUGCACCGCACAGGCAUCGUCAAUGCCUGGAAGGCCAGCAACCAUGACAGCAAUCCCUGGAUCCAGGUGAACCUCCUGCGGAAGAUGCGGGUGUCAGGCGUGGUGACGCAGGGCGCCAGCCGUGCCGGGAGGGCAGAGUAUCUGAAGACCUUCAAGGUGGCCCACAGCCUGGACGGACGCAAGUUCCGCUUCAUCCAGGAUGAGCGUGGGUCUGGAGACAAGGAGUUCGAGGGGAAUGUGGACAACAACAGCCUGAAGUUUAACAUGUUCAGCAUCCCCUUGGAGGCCCAGUACGUGAGACUGUACCCUGUGUCAUGUCACCGGGAGUGCACACUCCGCUUUGAGCUCCUUGGCUGUGAGAUCCACGGCUGCUCUGAACCUUUGGGCCUGAAGGACAACAGGAUUCCCGACCGCAGGAUCACAGCAUCUAGCACCUAUAAGACCUGGGGCCUGCCCGCCUUUGCCUGGUACCCUCACUUAGCACGGCUGGACAUGCAGGGCAAGUUCAACGCCUGGACCGCCCAGAGCAACACGGAUUCCGAGUGGCUGCAGGUUGACCUGGGUUCCGAGAAGCAGGUGACGGGCAUCAUCACCCAGGGAGCUCGUGACUUUGGCCAUAUCCAGUAUGUGGCCUCCUACAAGGUGGCCUACAGCAACGAUGGUGUGAAGUGGACAGAGUAUGAGGAACAGGGGAGCAGCAAGGUGUUCAUUGGGAACUCGGACAACUACUCGCACAAGAAGAACGUGUUCGAGACGCCCUUCGUGGCUCGCUACGUGCGUGUCCUGCCCGUUACCUGGCACAACCGCAUCACGCUGCGCCUGGAGCUGCUGGGCUGUUAGCGCUCCACCUGCAAACCUAAGUGACCCAAAGGCUGGAGGCCGAGGGGCCCCCCUCGCCCCUGCUUCCCAGGCCCUGCUGCCCCCUGUGGCCAGCUGCCUCCUGAUUGGACCGGGGUUAAGAGAGUGCGGGGUGGGGGUGCGGAGGCGCCAGCAUUGAUGGCACCAAGCAGUCUCCAUCUACGUCCCCCUCCCCCUGCAGCCCCUUAGGCCCCUGGCGUCAGUCCUGCCAACCUAUUUUUCUCAGGCACUGCAGAGUUGGGUAGAUCUGGGAUGAACAGGGAAGGGGUAAGCCCUGGCUUCCACCACACACACUGCCUCCCCCAACCACCCAGGUCCCUGUCUCCCUGCCUGGCGGCGGGGGG